CGGGGAGCCGGAGCGCGGCGAGGCCGGGACUUGAGGGCUCCGGAGCCGGGUCGGGGCGCGGCCGGCGGGCGGCGCCGGGUGGGGGAAGGAUGCGGGAGCGCAUCCGCGUGUCGCUGCUCCUGCUGCCCCUGCUGCUGCCGCCACCGAUGUGGGGCGGCCCCCCGCAGCCCGAGCCCGAGCCCCAGUCCGAGCGCGAUUGCGAUCGCGGGCCGCUGCAGCCCUUCGACCUGCUCUACGCCAGCGGCGUGGCCGCCUAUUACGGAGGGGACUUCGAGCGCGCCGUGCGCGACCUGGAAGCGGCGCUGCGCAGCCAUCGGCGCCUGAGGGAGACCCGUGUGCGCUGCGCCCGCCACUGCGCCGCGCGCCGCCCGCUAGCGCCCCCCGGCGGCACGGGGCCCGGGGCCGAGCUGCCCUUCUUCCGCGCCGUGCUGGGGCGCGCGGGCUGCCACCGCAGCUGCCAGAGCCAGCGCCUCGGGGGCCCCGCGUCGCGACACCGCGCCGGCGAGGAUGUGCGCAGCGACUUCCAGCGCAGAGUGCCCUACAACUACCUGCAGCGGGCCUACCUCAAGCUUGACCAGUUGGAAGAGGCAGUGCAAGCAGCGCACACGUUUUUCAUGGCCAACCCCGAGCACAUGGAAAUUCAACAGAACAUAGAGAAUUAUAGAACCAUAGCUGGUGUGGAAUCAUUCCAGUUGGUAGAUCGAGAGGCCAAACCACACUUGGAAAGCUACAGUGCAGCUCUGAAACAUUAUGAGGCCGAUGACUUUGAAGUGGCUAUCAAGUACUUUGAAAAGGCUUUAAGAGACUAUUUCAGUGAAGAUACGGAGUGCCGAAUCCUGUGUGAGGGCCCUCAGAGAUUUGAAGAGUAUGACUACUUAGGGUAUAAAGCUGGUCUCUAUGAAACCAUUGCAGAUCACUACAUGCAGGUGCUGGUUUGUCAGCACGAGUGCGUGAGGGAGCUCGCCACGCGCCCCGGCCGCCUCUCACCGAUUGAGAACUUUCUUCCUCUGCAUUACGACUACCUACAGUUCGCCUACUACCGAGUUGGUGAUUAUGUAAAAGCUUUGGAAUGUGCCAAGGCCUACCUUCUCUUCCAUCCGGAUGAUGUGGAUGUACUGGACAAUGUAGAUUACUAUGAAAGUCUGAUGGAGGAUGGAAUGGACACAGCAUCCAUCGAGCCUAGAGAGGAUGCGGCAAUGUUUGUGAAACGUCAUAAACUUGAAGCUGAACUGAUAAAAUCGGCUGCAGAGGGUCUGGGAUUCUCAUACACUGAACCAAAUUAUUGGAUCAGAUAUGGAGGACGACAAGAUGAGAAUCAGGUACCUUCAGGAGUGAAUGUGGAAGAGGCAGAAGUUCAUGGAUUGUCAGUAGGAAAAAAGUCAUCACUCAAGAUAGAGCGAGACCUAAGGGAGGGUGGCCCUCUGCUCUACGAGAAUGUCACCUUUGUCUACAACUCUGAGCAGCUGAACGGGACCCAGCGGGUUCUCCUGGAUAAUGUCCUGUCCCAAGAGCAGUGCCGAGAGCUCCACAGCGUGGCCAGAGGAAUCAUGCUUGUCGGUGAUGGAUACAGAGGAAAAACUUCACCCCAUACGCCCAAUGAAAAGUUUGAAGGUGCAACUGUCCUGAAAGCACUCAAGUUUGGUUAUGAAGGCCGAGUCCCACUGAAGAGUGCCCGCCUGUUCUACGACGUCAGUGAGAAGGCGCGAAAGAUCGUGGAAUCCUAUUUCAUGCUGAACUCGACCCUGUAUUUUUCCUAUACACACUUGGUCUGCCGAACUGCCCUGUCCGGUCAGCAAGACAGAAGAAAUGACCUCAGUCAUCCCAUCCACGCUGACAACUGCCUGCUGGAUCCUGAGGCCAAUGAAUGCUGGAAGGAGCCCCCUGCCUAUACUUUCCGGGACUACAGUGCUCUCCUGUACAUGAAUGAUGACUUCGAAGGAGGAGAAUUCAUAUUCACUGAAAUGGAUGCUAAGACUGUGACUGCGUCUAUAAAACCAAAGUGUGGCCGUAUGAUCAGCUUCUCCUCCGGAGGAGAGAACCCGCACGGGGUGAAGGCGGUCACCAAAGGCCAGCGGUGUGCGGUGGCCCUGUGGUUUACCUUGGACCCACUGUACAGAGAGCUGGAGCGAAUAAAAGCCGAUGAAGUAAUUGCGAUUCUGGAUCAAGAGCAGCAAGGGAAACGUGAACUGACAGUCAACCCCAAGGAUGAGCUUUAACAGUGAGAAAGAGCGUGCGAUGGAAUAUUUAUUUAAAUUGUUAAUCUUAGAAGAACCUUUUUAUUUUUGUACAGAGCAGUGGUAUAAAUGAGCAGGUGGAUUCGAGGAGCCCCGUCUCCCUUCCAUCCCGAGCCAGGCUUUGCUCCCUUAACUCUGCCUUUCUUGGUUUUCUUCAGUUGCCCUCUCAAAGCCUAGGCAAACUGCACACAUACCGCACACACACAGCCCACCGCACAGAUACACACCAUCCACACACCUACACACAGCAUGCGUACAGCACAACACAAACAUACAGACACAUCCCCCACACAGUGUGACACACACCACAACAAUGCACCAUAAAAACAGGCAAAGACAUACCAUACAGGUGACACAACACACAAACACACAAACACACACCAUACAUACAAAACAAUACAUAUAUAAACACAUAUCAGACACAACACAAAAGCAACACACAACACACUAACACACUACACAAAGGCAAAAACAUCUGCCAUAUACAAAUAUGACACCACACACACGCACACCACACAAACACCCAGCACACAAAUACGCAAAAUCCCACCAUGUACGCCAUACAGAAAUACACACCACACCCACAGACUUACCACAUAAAAACGCAACACACGCAUGAACAGAAAUACACGUGCACACACGCACACACUUCGCUGCACAUCCAGAAGCUCAGAGAGAAUAAGCCGGUGGCUGGGGAAAGCUCUGCUCUCCCAUGUGCCCCAGUCCUGAAGAGACUGUGUUUCCCGCUCUCUGUGGCCUUGCCGGCUUGGUUCCUUUCAGCUACAUCUGCCACAGCCCUCACGACUCUAGGAAGAAACCACGGAUGAGGACUGUGAGAAGGCAGCCCCUGUUCUUUCCCGGGCCCUGGUGGAGCCGGGCUCUGGCCUUUUGACCAGUUAGGAAACAACACUGGAAGCUUCCAUCCUUCCUCCUGCCAGUGCCCUGGCGGAACUGCCCUGGGCAUCGUGUCUGUAAAAUGUUCCAUCGCAGCUGGAGUGGAAUGGCCUUACCUUGCUGACUUUGAAAGGAAACCUUCGGUACUGGGUGGCUUGGGGAGCCACUGGUGAAGAGGACUGUGUUGUAUCUAAGUGAGAAAACGCAUCCUGAUCGAUCCCAGUCUUCAUCACCAGUACUUGGUGGCCCUUCUUAUGGGCCUCCCAGACCCAGCUUGUCUCUGAGUUGUUUAAUAAAGGGACCCUUCUUUUAA